GAGGAUUCUGGGAGCCCAAGAGCCAAUGGAAAUGUCUGUGUGAUCUCCGGAGGCUGCUGAGUCGGACGGACUGCAGCCAAGCAUAAAAGAUGACAACAGCAGCUCGGCCAACUUUUGAACCUGCGAGAGGCGGGAGAGGAAAAGGAGAAGGUGAUUUGAGCCAACUCUCAAAGCAGUAUUCAAGUAGAGACCUACCCUCUCAUACAAAGAUAAAAUACAGACAGGCCACUCAGGAUGCCCCUGAAGAAGUUCGGAACCGUGACUUCAGAAGAGAAUUAGAAGAGAGAGAGAGAGUUGCUGCAAGAGAAAAGAAUAGAGAUCGUCCAUCUCGAGAACAUACAACCUCCUCUUCAGUGUCAAAGAAGCCUCAGCUAGACCAGAUUCCUGCUGCCAACCUCAAUGCAGAUGAUCCUCUAACAGAUGAGGAAGAUGAAGAUGAAGAUUUUGAAGAGGAGAGUGAUGAUGAUGAUACUGCAGCUCUUCUUGCAGAACUAGAAAAAAUUAAAAAAGAAAGAGCUGAAGAGCAAGCCAGGAAGGAACAAGAACAAAAAGCUGAAGAAGAAAGGAUUCGUGUGGAAAACAUUCUGAGUGGAAACCCUCUCCUUAAUCUCACUGGCCCAUGCCAGCCUCAGGCCAACUUCAAAGUUAAAAGAAGGUGGGAUGAUGAUGUUGUUUUCAAGAACUGUGCAAAAGGUGCGGAUGACCAGAAGAAAGACAAACGAUUUGUUAACGAUACGCUGCGAUCUGAAUUUCACAAAAAGUUCAUGGAGAAAUAUAUUAAAUAGUACAGUUUUAUGUGCUUUAUUAAAGACUAUAAAAUGUAAAUGAUCAUUCUGACUUUACUUUGGUUAGUUGUUGUUUUUUUUCCCUUUUUCCCCACAUUUAAAUUGUGAAUAGGCUUUCCUCAUUUUAAGUUCCAAAAUAUCUUUUCCUUGAUUGGUACCUUAUUUGAUAAGUAAGAACUUGGGAAUUGUCUUAAACCAGUUUCCAGUCUCUGAAUGUUUCCAGUCAGGUUUUCUUUUUAAGAUUCGAAAGGUAAUCUGCUUAUAAUGUUUUUAAUAAUUCAAAUAACCAAAUUCAUGUCCCCCAACUUUUUUGUUGAAAUGUAUGCAGCUUAUGAAGCAUUGCAUAUUUUCUUUUGUGUAUUGUAUUUCUUUGAACAUUAACUUUCUCCUAUUUCUCUAACAUGGAUUUAAGGGCAGUUAAUUCAUGAUAUCUUC